AUGCCGGUCGACGAGGCCCCUGUGAGUGAGGCCGUCACUGACCAUGGCCGAGUUCCCCUCCAGGUCCUCGACAAGGCCCAGGUCAGCCGUGUCCCUGCCAGCUCUGAUGGGUCUCUCACCGUGGAGCUCUUCACCACUCCGGCUGGGGUGGUCCUACGACUGGCGGUGCCUAUGGGCGUUAUUAUGAAGGUCAUCAUGACUGCCGAGGGGCUCUUCGGCCCAGAUGGACAUGUCGUCAAACCAGAACCGCCGGCCAAACGGAUCGAGGUCAAUCCGACUUUUUAA